AUGAACAUCUCAAAAGAAAUCUUAGGUUUUGGAUUAACUUGUGAAGUUAGAAAGGUGUAGAUCAAGGAUCAGGAAUAUGCGAUCAAAAUGUUCAACAAAUAGUGCUCCACUCAACAAAUCGAAAAAGAAAUUCAUAUCCUUUCUUAAAUCAAGCAUAACAACAUUGUUCACUUGGUGGAUGGAAAUCCUUAAGAAAGGUUUAUGGUAACAGAGCUCUUAGAGAAAAUGGAUCUCUUUGACAUUUUGGCCAAAGGAUAGAAACCAUUCUAAUUUGUUUCUAUUAAAUACAUUAUUUAAAAAUUAACCGCAGCAAUCCACUGUGUUCAUAAAUUGGGUUUUGUACACAGAGACAUCAAAUUAGAAAACAUACUGUUGGAUAAACAAUUGGAAAUCAAGGUUUGCGACUUCGGAUUUGCUGAGUCAAUCCAAGGAGGAUUUGUUUAAAGAUCCUCUGGCACUCUUGGAUAUUUGGCUCCAGAGUUGUAACACCCAGGUUUGAUAAACACCGAGGCAUUACCUAUCACAGAAGUGUUUUCAUUGGGAGUGUGUCUCUUUUUGUUGGCCUUUGCCCAUCCUCCCUUCAGAUCAAGCACUAAAGCUUGUCCUUAUUGGAGACUGAUUAACAGCAAUUAAUGGACUAAAUAUUGGUUGACAGUCGACAAAAAUAACAGAUGCAAUGCUGAAUUCCGCUUACUUAUCUAAGGGAUGUUGGAGCCAGAUCCUGCAAAGAGAAUGACAAUUGAUUAAGUAUUGGAGCACUAAUUCUUAAUUGGUGGAAGCAAGGAAACAUUUGAAUAAGAAGUGUGGGAACGAUUUAAGAUCGAAUGA